UAGUUGGUGUCCAUCAAAAUGGGAUCUGAAGUUCUCAAUGGAGUACUUUUACUUUACCAUCCACGGCAACCAGCUCCAUCAUCUUCUUCCAAAUUACCUGCACAAACGUGCAACGCCAUUGUACUUUACAAUCUGCCACCUCACCACCAUUCAGGAGGGAGGAACAGGAGGAGGAAGGACAGAGACCCUAGCCGCCCGAAACCUAAUAGGAGUGGUUACAACUUCUUUGCUGAAAAACAUUCCAAGUUCAACUCUCUUUAUCCAAAUAGAGAGAGGGAAUUCACUAAGAUGCUUGGAGGAUCUUGGAACAAUAUCUCCCGAAGAAAAAACGGUGUAUCAAAACUGUGGGGUGAAAGACAAGGAAAGGUACCAGAAGGAAUUGAAGGAGUAUAAGGAAAGAUUGAUGACCUCAUCUAGCUGCUAAAGGUGACUGACUGGCAGAAGAAGAGGAGCAGGAUAAAUAGUUCAUUUCGCUUAAGAUCAUCAUGUAAAUUUUCCAUUGUACUAAUCUAGUUCCAAAACUGCAGCUUUUUCCGUGGAUCAA